AUGACUAUCUACUUGUAUGUAACAGGCAUAAGAGUUGAAGAACUUAGAUAUACCAGAACAAUUGAAGUUUGCAAAAACAUCAGAGGUGCCUGCAUUUUGCUGAUUCUGGUUCAUGUUCACCUGUUGGAGCAACUGAAGCAAUUGUGUCACAUUCUCUUGAGUGAGAGUCUUCACAUCAGGGAGUUGAGUAACCAUGACAAUACCAUGUCAUUGCAGCGAGCCCAAGCCUUUUGGAGACCAGAAUCAGAACUUGGGACAAAAAGGGUUCCAUCAAUGAACCCCAGCUUGUUUUUGGCAGAAAGAGCAAUGACGACUGCUCUUCUCCACCCUCCAUAGCUCUUGCCAUCGAAAACUAAGGAAACAAGGUUCAUCCCUGGGUAAUCCGAGGGAUGAAGAUAAUAGGGGUGAGAUGAGUCAAUUGCUCCAGCUCCAUUGAAGACUGGAGUUAUAACAGGAGUGGUUGUGGAAGAAUUUGUGGGUAGACUAGUGGAUACCAUAGCUGGCUAGUUGAAGAAGAUGAAAGAUGAUGAAAAGAGACUGAUUUGAAAUUGUAC